AUGGAAUUUGAAACAUCUUCGAUUGCAGAUAAUGAUCAAAUUGAAGCUCAACAACAAUUAAGAAAAAAACGUAAAAAUAUUAAAUUGGAAAAUACCGAAACUUCGAAUGAUGAUGAAACAUCAGAUGAGGACGAAUCUUUACCUAACAACAGUGAAAUGACAAUAGCUGAUGUAUUGGCGUUACGACAAAUCGAAAAUUCAACACAGAUGAAUAACGCAACAAAAAUUUUCAAACAGAUAGAAGUAGAAGAUGAUGAUGUCGAUAAUCAUAUGAAGCCAGAACCUAUACCGAGUCCAGUUUAUAGUCGUCACAUUCCAUCUACAACAAAUAAAAUUCCAUUAUCUUCUAACAGUGAUGCUGUAGCAAAACGUCCAAAACGUAACCAAUUUCCACGUCUGCUUGCCGGUGAUGAUUUAUCGAGUGAUAAUGAUAAUGAUAAUAAUAAAUCAACAAUACCAACUAAUAAUUAUGAUCAAUCGAACGAGUUAGGUUAUGAUUUUCAAAUAUCAUCGGACACCAACUCACACAAUACCAUACGAAAGACUAAACACGACGUAAAACGUUUUGUCAUGUAUAUUGACGAAAAGUUUAAUGAAAAAUGUCAAUUACAUAAAAUUAAACCGGAUAUAUUAUGUAAAUAUUUGCAACAUUAUUUUGAAAAUACAAAAAAAUUUGAUGGUACCGAUUAUGAACCAGAUACCUUGCGUAGUUUUCUUCUAAGUAUUGAACGUUAUUUAAAAUCAAAAAAAUAUGAAUAUAAUCUAAUGGAAUCACCUAUCUUUCAAUCGUGUAGAAAUGUUAUAUUAGUUAAACGAGAUCAAUGGCGAAAGUUAGGUAAAACAACAUUUCAAACAAAUAUUGAUGUAUUUAAUAUUAAACAUGAACUAAUAUUACGUGAAAAAAAUUUAAUAAAUCGUGAAACACCAGACGGUUUAUUAUUGGAAAUACUUAUUAAUAAUUCAAAAUAUUUUGAUCAAAAAUCUAUGUCAUCAUCGACGAAUAAUAAUGGAUUAGAAUCAACAGUAAAUAAAUCAUUGUUAUGGGGAGAUAUUGAAUUAAUUGAUGAUGAAUAUUUAGAGUAUAAUAGAAAACAAACAAAAAUAAAUGAAGCAAGUUUAUUUAAUAAUACAACAUCUUCAUCAUCAAAGUCUGUAGUACAUCCACGUGCAUACGCUAAUCCCGCCGAUUUAUCAAUAUGUCCGGUACAAGCUUAUAAAUUGUAUGCAUCUCAUCGUCCACAACAAUCAAAUACGCCCCAAUCACCAUUUUAUCUUGUACCACGUAUAUCAAAUUUUCAGCGAGUUUGGUACAAAACAAUGGCAGCUGGAAAACAUCGUCUGGAUCAAUUAUUACAAAAUUGUAUGUCACGUGCUGGUAUACAAGGAAAAUUUCAAUUAGGUUCAAUUAAAAAAGGAAAAAUUAAAGAUAUACUUCCACUACCACCAACAACAAUAGAUAACAAAUCAUCAUUACUCUCUCUCACAAUACCAUCUGCUACACAAUUUGAAGAAAAAGGGAUUCUCUUACAAAAACAUCUGAUAAAACGUAAACGACAUAGUUCUCCUCCAUCUAUCGAACAACCAUUAAAUUUAUGUUUAAAUAAUACCGAUGAUGAUCAACAGAGUCUAUCAUCUUCUGUGUCACCUCCAUCAUCGCUCUACUCAACGAAUGAUUGUAAUAGUAACAGUAAAGAUGAUUCAGUAAUAAAAAUAGCAACAUCAAACAUCAAUGAUCGAACACCAUUAUUAAACGGUUUGUUAAAAAUGUCGACGACCACAACCGCCACUAUGAACAAUGAUAUGACGAAUCAUUUUCUUGUUAUUAAAGAUUCGUCAUCAUUAAUUCAAAAACAUGACGAAGAACCUAUUUGGGAUGAAAGUGUAACGUUUAUAUUGAUGGCAGUAGCGAAACAAAAAGAAAAUCGGAUACAAAAAAUAAAUACGUUAAGAACAUAUUUAGAAGAUAAAAUGGGUGUUGUGGAAUUUUUAUGUUUAUACCGACAUUUUAAAUCCGAACCAAAACUAACAUUUCAGAAUACCGUAUGGGAACAGUAUCAGCGUUAUUUGCCAGUUUUAUUUACGUUACUGACAUUAGAUAACACAAUAAAUUAA